CCUGCCGGAGCCCCCCGGAGACCCCGGAGCGCAGCGGGACCCCCCCCUACGCAGGGCCGGGGGUGGAGAUCGCGGAUUUCCAGAGGGCGUCCCCAGCCCCGCCAUGGCCGCGCUGCCCACCCUGCCGUCCCCUUGGGACGACCCCUGGAACGACACCCUGGGCAACGACACCUGGGGCGACCUCUACGAGGACCUGGGCGCGGCGGAAAUCCCCGUGGGGCACCGCCUGGUGCUGGCCCUCUACGCGCUCAUCUUCCUGCUGGGCGUGCUGGGCAACGGCGCCGUGCUCUGGGUGACGGCGGCCGAGCUGCGCCGCACCGUCAACGGCGUCUGGUUCUCCCACCUGGCGCUGGCCGACCUCCUCAGCUGCCUGGCCCUGCCCUUCCUGGGCCUGCCGCUGACCACCGACCACCACUGGCCCCUGGGCCGCGCGGCCUGCAAGGUGCUGCCCUCGCUGACCGUGCUGGCCAUGUUCUCCAGCGUCCUGCUGCUGACGGCCAUCAGCGCCGACCGCUGCGCGCUGGUCACCCGGCCCGUGUGGUGCCACAACCGCCGGACGCCCGCGCUGGCCGCCGCGGCUUGCGCCGGCGCCUGGGCGGCGGCCGCGCUGCUGACCGUGCCCUCCUUCGUCUUCCGCACCGUCCGCCUCGACCCCUUCUCGGACAAGGCCACCUGCGUGCUGUCCUACGGCGCCGUGAGGCCACACCAGCGCGGCACCGAGCUGACCGUGGCCGUCGUCCGCUUCCUCUGCGGCUUCCUGGGGCCCUUCGCCGUCAUCUCGGGCUGCUACGGCCGCCUCCUGAGCCGCGUCCGGGCGCGGGGCCUGGGCCGCUCGCAGAGGGCCACCAGGACGGUGCUGGUGGUCAUCGUCAGCUUCUUCGUCUGCUGGCUGCCCUACCACGUGGUGGGGCUGGUGCUGGCGGCCAGCGCGCCGGACACGGCGGCGUUCCGCGGCGCCCAGGCCGCCGACCCCGCGGUGGCCGGGCUGGCCUACGUCAACGGGUGCGUCAACCCCAUCAUCUACCUGGCGAUGGGGCGGGGCCUGGGCCAGGUGAGGCGCUCGUGGAGGGCGCUGCUCAAGGGCGUGCUCAGCGACGAGCCCGCCAGCGCGGCCGGGGACUGCCGGGCCCGCAGCACGGCCACCACCGAGGAGGGCAGCGACGGGACGGCCGUGUGAGGGGGCGGGGUGGACGUUGUCGUGGUCAUCGUCGUCGUUGUCGUCAUCGUCGUCGUGGUGAUGGUCAUGGUCAUGGUCAUCAUCAUGGUCGUGGCCAUCAUCACCAUCAUGGUCAUCA